AUGUAUAGCGACUCUGCACCAGCUCCCGCCGUCGACCCUUACUCGGACGCGUACAACCAGCCCCCGGCAGCGGCGCCCAUGGACGCAGACCCCCCCGUCAAACGAGAGCGCUCUCGUUCUCGCAGUCCUCGCAGCGACCGUUUCCGUAGCCCUCCACCCUUCCGUCGAAGGUCUCCCGCCCCAAGGAGGCCGUCUCAUGCACCCAUUGCUCCGAACCCGUCCAACGUACUGGGCAUUUUCGGUCUCAGCAUCCGCACCACCGAGCGCGACCUCGACGAUGAGUUCUCUCGCUUCGGACGCGUUGAAAAGGUCACCAUCGUGUAUGACCAGAGGUCUGACCGCUCCCGUGGCUUCGGGUUCAUCAAAAUGAGCACCGUCGCCGAAGCCGAAAAGUGUAUCCAGGAAUUAAACGGCGUCGACUUGAACGGUCGUCGUAUCCGUGUUGACUUCUCUGUCACCGACCGCCCUCACGCGCCGACUCCCGGAGAAUACAUGGGACAUCGCCGCACCCCUCGCGACUCAUACCACGGCAGGGACAGAGAUCCCCGCGACAGGGACCGUGACUAUGGCCGGCGUGGAUCUGACCGUGAUAGAGACCGUGACCCUUACGGACGUGAUAGCAGGGAUUGGCGCGAUCGCCGCAGCCCUCCUCCUUCUCGUGGUGGUCGCUACUCUCCCGAGUAUAGAAGGCGUCGCAGCUACUCCAGAAGUCCUCCUCGAGGCAGCAGCCCUACUCGUGCUCGCGACUACGAUGCGCCUGCCACGAACGGAGAUUCUUCUCGGUGGUAA